AUGCUUCCGAAGCAGUGCCCAGCCAGCUUGCUCGGGGCCGUGCUCACCUUUUGGGCAGGCUUCGCGGUCCGCGGGGGAUUCGGCCCCUUGGCCCUGGCGGCGGACGCUGAGGGCUGGCAGCGGACCUGGCCAGGCCACGAGCUGGAGGCCAGCUCGACAGCUACCACCGCCACGCUGCUGUCCACGACCUCGACGGUGGUGGACUGCAGCAGCCCGGCGCCUGUGGCGCCAGUGCCGGCCGCGCCGCAGCCGCUGCGGGUGGUCGGAGACGGGCUGACGGCCACGGUGGAGAUCCCGCUCGCCGCGCUGGUUGGAGCUUCGGCCGCUGGCGCCUGCGGCGCCGCCUGGAGGCAGCUGACGUGGCGCUCCUCGGCGAGGGUCGCCUUCGAGCCGAUCGGCGAGGCCAGGAUCCACUACGAGGAAGACGCGGGCUGGGUUCACGAGAGGUUGCUGCUGUGGCCGAGCGCCGCCGAUGGCUCGGAGUGGAUGGUGUACGCGGCGGGAACCGACUUGCAUGCAGAGGCCUGGACGGACUACCGCUCCGCAGCGAUCAGCCUCCUGAGGCGCGCUCGGGGCGAGGUCGUGCUGGAGCAUGGCAGCGAUGCCGCGGACUGGCGGACACAGGACGCAGUUGACUGGAACGGUGGGCGGCUGGCCGUGCCUUCCGCGACGGCGCUCGAGCUGAGUGCCGCUGCGAUCCUUCGAGAGCGACGCGGGCUCGACCGAGGUGCCGAUGGUGAGUGGGUUCCGAUCGAGUACGUCACGACAGAAGAGAUCGAGAGCUGGCGCGACGCCGAGAUCGCGGCGGCCGAUCGGCUGAGGCCUGCGAGGGCCAGGCUGGACGAUCGCCUCUUCCGUGCCGGUGAGGUUGGGGGCGCUCGCGCGCCACCCGCGGAGCCUGGUGGGACAGGCGCCGCAGCUGCUGACAGUGCUGGACAGGACGACCUCCACACUUGUUGGACCGACGUGGACGAGACGGGAGCCCGUUUCAAAGAGUGGCGCAAGGCGGUGCAGGAGAGCACGCAGGAGGUCUUCUCGGACUCCAGCUUGCGCAGACCGCCCGCCCGCUUGGAGGCGCGCCGCAUGAUGUGCCGCCACGGCGGCGCGCCGGAGAUCUGGUUCCAGGAGCGGCGCAAGGAGGCAGGGAUCUCUCGGCGAGACCGAGCAUACCACGAGGUGCAAACACUCAUAGAGUGUUUGUACCUCGCGGGCGCCUGCGACCAGGUGAACAUGGGGGAGCUCGCGUCUCUGGAGGUGGUCGCUCGCCGGCUGCUGCAGUGCGCGGGGGCUUGCGCGCGCGGGGCGGACCGCGCCAACUGGGCCGCGGCGAAGCACCUGGCGGGGACUACCAACCCGCAGGACCUGGUGCCGGACGCGCUGCGGAGCUUCGCGAGCCGGCGCAGCAAGGAGGAGCGCGAGCUGGAGGCGCUUCGGGCGCGCGCCAUAAGCUGGCCAGGCUGCUGGAUGAUUGGCGCGAGGGCCCCAGCGCGGCCCAGCGGCGGCGGUGGCUUCGCGACAACCGCAGAGGCCGCCGCCGUCGAGCUCGAGGAUGCUGCGGCAGCCGCGCCCGAGCUGCAGGCAGCAGUGGCAGGAGCAGGCGUGGCGCAGGUGGUGAGAGGGCACUGCAUCGUCGUCUCACGCCUGGAGAACGGCGACGGGGCCAUGGCCUGGUGCCUGAAGUGCGGCCGCCGCUUCUGGAAGAGGUCCCCACCUGCAGGGACUGGCCUGCUGGGCAGCUGCAAGGGGCGGCCCGCCCCUGGCGAGCGGGCGGCAGAGGCGAGGCGGCUCCUGAUGCGCCUGCAGGAGCCGAAGAGCAAGGCGCGGCUCCUCGCCCCGCAGGCGCCCACGGAAGAGGAGCAGGCGCGGCUCGCGGCGGUGCUCCGUGGUGGCGCUGGCGCGGCAGGCGGCGCUGGGGCCCCCGCUGGGGCUGGGCGGCCGCCGCGCUGGGGGCUGCGGCCAGCCGUGGCGGAUGCCUGGCAGGCGGCCGCGCUCCACGGCUUCGCCUCGCCCGCCGCCGCGGCGCGCUGGGCGCAGGCGCGCGUGGAGGCGGGCUGGGAGUCGCCCUUCGGCGACGGCGGCGCGGCGCCCGCCCGCGGCGCCGCGGCGGGCCGCGGCUUCAGGGCCCCGCCCAGGUACGGGCGGUCGUCCAUGUACGGGGGCGGCUCGUCCAUGUACGGGGGCGGCUACGGGAGCUCCAUGUACGGGGGCGGCUACGGCGGCGGCUACGGCGGGUCGAUGUACGGUAGCGCGCCCCCAGGCUGGCGGCUGGCGACGCCGGGAGCCGCGGGGCAGCGCCUGAGCGACGCCGACUGCUGCAGCACGGCCGUCUGCGCGAGCCGCGCGCGCGCCGGGCCGCUGCCCGUGGCCGCUGCUGCCGCCUCGCCCAUGGAGACCGGAGGGCGUCACGGCCGGGCGGCGUUGCGCCACCUGCGGGAGCCGGCGCGCGACCUCGCAGGGCACGGGGGCGAGGAGCGCGCCGCGGCGGUGGCGGCGGGCGCAGGCCGCGGCAUGGGCGGCGGCAUGUACGGCAACCGGCAGCAGGAGUCCGAGUUCUUCGCCCCGAAGCGGCCGGAGGCCGAGGGCGAGGGGCAGCAGCAGCACCCCGUGCGCCUGGCGGACCUGCGCGAGAUGAACGCGUCCUUCCUGGACGCGCUCCACGCGCACGGCGUCCGCCUCGCGUCGGCGGCCGCGAGGCUGCUCGAGAGCGUCGUGGGGCCGCGCCUGUGGGCGCGCGACUGGCGCGCCGCGGCUGUGGCGAUCGGGGCCGCCGCCCUGGCCGCCGCCGCGCGGGCCUGGCUGAGGCGGAGGCGGCGCCUGGCCUGGCGGGCCCUGAGCGCGGGCUCGUACCUCGCUGCCGGCCCCCUGCUCACGGGCCCGCAGCCGCUGGCCUUCGCGGGCGCGCUGGCGCCCAGGGCCGCGCUGUAG